UCUAAAAUGAGGCCAUUUACUUUAACAACCAAAUCUCAAUUAGAGUCAUUCGCUUUACAUUUGCUACAAGUAUUUUUGCUGAAGGAUUCGACACAGGAUCAAGGUCAUUGUAAAAUCCCAGAAAAGUCAAGAUGCCAGAUGCUGCUGGUCACUUGCCAUUUUACUAUGGCAGUAUAUCUCGCGCUGAUGCAGAAGAAUAUCUCAAACUAGGUGGAAUGAUGGACGGUCUUUUCUUGCUGAGGCAAUGCCUACGGACUCUAGGUGGCUAUGUCCUUUCUAUGGUAUACAACCUGCACUUUCACCAUUACCCUGUGGAACGACAACUGAAUGGCACUUAUGCUAUAUCAGGAGGAAAAGCUCACUGUGGCCCAGCUGAACUAUGUGAAUACUACUCUAAAGAUGCAGAUGGAUUGUCCUGUAUCCUGCGGCGGCCAUGUAACCGGCCAGCUGGCGUGGAGUGCCAGGGAGGAGUGUUUGAUAAUAUGCGGGAUAACAUGAUGAAAGAAUAUGUACGGCAGACGUGGAAAUUGGAGGGGGAUGCACUGGAACAGGCAAUAAUUAGCCAGGCCCCACAAGUAGAAAAGCUCAUAGCCACUACUGCCCAUGAGAGGAUGGCCUGGUACCAUGGAACUAUUAGCAGAGAUGAAGCAGAACGCAAGCUGUACUCAGGAGCCCAACCUGAUGGCAAAUUUCUCAUGAGGGAAAGGAAGGAAAAUGGGACCUAUGCUCUUUCUGUAAUGUAUGGCAAAACUGUUUAUCAUUAUAAGAUAGAUCAAGACAAAUCUGGAAAAUAUUCAAUCCCUGAGGGCACUAAGUUUGACACCCUGUGGCAGCUUGUGGAAUACCUAAAACUGAAGUCAGAUGGAAUUAUAGCUGUUUUAAAGGAAGCAUGUCCUAAUGCCAGCACAUUUUCAUUAACACCAGCUGCUGCUCCCCCAUCCCUUCCUAAAAUUAGGCAAGUAGCAUCCAACUCCGAUGGAUACUCCCCAGAACCUUUCAUUGGGAAAUCUCGAAUUUUGCCAAUGGACACCAGUGUGUACGAGAGCCCUUACAGUGACCCAGAGGAAUUAAAGGAACGAAAGCUGUUUGUGAAGAGAGAACUCCUUCUGAUAGAUGAAGUGGAAUUAGGCUCUGGAAACUUUGGAUGUGUUAAGAAGGGUGUAUAUAAGCUAAAGAAGCGUCAGAUUGAUGUGGCUAUAAAGGUGCUGAAAGUACAAGAAGAAAAAAAUGUUAGGGAUGAAAUGAUGAAAGAAGCUGAAAUUAUGCACCAACUGGACAACCCUUACAUAGUGAGGAUGAUAGGAGUGUGUGAGGCAGAGAACCUUAUGCUUGUAAUGGAAAUGGCAUCAGGGGGACCCCUUAACAAGUUCCUUGGAGCUAAGAAAGAUACAAUAUCUAUUAGUAAUGUGAUAGAGCUCAUGCACCAAGUGUCCAUGGGAAUGAAAUACCUUGAAGGAAAGAAUUUUGUGCAUCGUGACCUUGCAGCUCGUAAUGUCCUCAUGGUCAACCAACAUUAUGCCAAAAUCAGUGACUUUGGACUCUCAAAAGCUCUGGCGGCCGAUGAUAGCUAUUACAAGGCUAAGUCCUUUGGAAAGUGGCCACUGAAGUGGUAUGCACCAGAGUGCAUCAACUACCGCAAGUUUUCAAGUCGUAGUGAUGUGUGGAGCUAUGGCAUAACCAUGUGGGAAGCUUUCAGCUAUGGGCAAAAGCCCUACAAGAAACUCAAGGGAACAGAAGUAAUGAGUUUCAUUGAAAGAAAAGAGCGUCUGGCGUGCCCUGCCGGCUGCCCACCAGAGAUGUAUCAGGUUAUGUUAGAUUGCUGGAUAUUCAAGAUGGAGGACCGCCCUAAUUUUGAGAAUGUGGAAUACCGUAUGCGCUUGUAUUACUACAGCAUUGCCAACAAACCAGACAAAGAAGGCAAGGAAGCAGGUGCAGCACAAGCAUCAGGAAAAGUGUGAAGAAGUAAUGCUUGUUUGGAAGUUUCUGUCCAUUUGUCACUGAAGAAUAGUAUUUGGAGCACUUAUGGAACAAUACAAACUGCUAUCUUGUGUGUGGUGGUGGGGUCUUUUUCUCUUAGGAACAUGUUAAAAAUAUUGGCAAGAAAGGAGGACAAGGCUUAAGCAAAUGCAGGAAUUAUUCAUUUCUAGAUGUUCUUAAACUUGACACAGAAUAAUGCUUGAAAUAAUGAACCCUAUACAAAGGGCUUUUUGCACCAGACCCAAGAUCCAGAAACCCUAUAGCACUGAGGGGUUGUGCCGCCAGCGUUGCAGUUGAGACUCCUGACUUUUAAUAUUGUGUUUUUUUGUUGUUGCUCUUUUAUGAUUCUAAGUUACGGACUACGGUAAAAUGCAGUUGCUGUAUAUGAACUACAAAUUAGAUCACACAGGAACAUUUUUCAAAACUUUAUUUCUUGGGUUGCCUCUUUAAAAAUAAAAAAUAAAUGCCUACAAAAUCUAAAUAUUGGGCUACUAAUUCUAAUACAAGCUUUCAUUCUGACUACACUGGCUUCUGUUCAUAUAUAGAUGACUAAUAAUCUCAACAGCAUAUUGAUUUUUUUUUUUUGUAAAUUCUUUUGUAAAUCAGCAUUAGCCAGUUCAAUAUGUAUUAUUGCACUCAACAUUUCGUGCUUGGUAUUAAACAUUGUUCUUGGUCCAUUGCUGUGAAUUUAGUUUGCAAGGUGAAUAUAAAGAGUAGUAGAAGAUUGAAUCAAAAUAAGAGAGAAAAACAAGUAAGGAAAUUAGAAACAUAGAAUUGUUGCAACAAUAUGUGGUAACAAUCAUGAGGGCAGUACAUUGCAGUAUUGCGGCUUCAGGAGCCUUUAUAUGACAGGAGGGAGACCACUGGGUACGCAAGUGCCUGGUAUUUUACUUGGACUUAGUUGAGGGUGGGAUGGUCUCUGCUUCACAUUAUGUCAUCUAGGUUAUGAGUGCUGUAUAUUCUUGUGAUUCUGUGAAAAAAAGCCAAUAACUGCAUUUCUGUUUAAAUUUAUCCUCUUGGUGGUGUUUGCCUUUAGGAGUUUUAAGUCUCUCAAAUUGGUGUAUUUCCUGGAUUUGAAGAGCCCAUUCUUUGAUUGAGGGAAUCUGGUCUGACCUCCAAUAUCAGGAAUUAAUGCUUUUGCCACAUUGAUCAGGGUUGAGAUAAUGGAGCUUUGUAUUGGGCAGUGGACAUAGGGUUGUUAUGUAGCAAAAAAAAAACCACAGCAUUAGUGAUUGUCAAGUCUGUAAAAGUUGGAAGUAGUUGUUUAAUUGCUGCCCAGUAUGGUUUUAUCUUUGGACAUUCCCACAUGAUGCGCAUGUGUUUCUGAGAGAGAUCCAUUUACUCUAAUACAUGAUUUAGGGUUGAGGCUUUGAAUGCUUCGUAUAAAAGUUGGACCUAUUCCCAUUUUUAUAAGGCAUUGAAAAAUGAAAGCCCAUGAUACUCGGUCAAAACCCUGUUGAUAGCAAGGUUAGUGGGAUUUUGUUUCUUUUACAGUGAC